UUGUUUUCUGACUGUGUUGAACGAACGUUGUGCGAGCGGAGCAACGAAUAAAAACGGCGUCAACGCCGCAAUAAAUGGCGCGCGUUUGUGUUUUUUUACGUAUCGACUAACAAUAGUUCUAUUAACAAAUAAUAAUGAUAAUAAUUCGAAUAUGCACAUGCUAUUUUAAAUAACAACGACAACAACAACAAAUGUGAGUGUAUGUGUGAGAGUGCAGUUAAUAAAAGUGCAUUGUAAACAACAGCAAAUAAGAAUCAAAACGUAAAAGAAAACGUCAAAACGUCAAAAUGACGCGCGAAGAAGAGGAAGAAGUGCGCUUGUUGCUCUCGCGUCACCAGGAGCGCAUAAUGCUAGAUCUGGGCAGCACUGAUCUACUCGCGGUGCUCGUCAAAAACUCUGUGCUCAGCCAAUCCGAGGAGGAUCUAUUGCUGAAGCCAACAACAACAUUGGGUGCUGUUGCUGCUGCCGAACCGGACAGUGCGCCCUCUAGCGUGGGUGCGCUGACAAAACGAAAGCUGAGCGCUGUCGCCAGCAGCAGCAGUGGCAGUGGCAGCGGGGGCAGUGCCAGUGUCAGCGGUGUAGGCGUGGGCGGUGAUUAUAGCUCAAGUUUAGCGGGCUCCUCGCGAAGUGCCAGUGUCAACGGUGAUCAUGCGCAGAGCGACAAUCGGUCGCUAACGCCCUCUGUUGGGGGCAAUCUGAACGAUGCCGACAUAUUGCGUUUGCAAUGCGCCAAUCUUAUAGAUAUAAUUGCGAAGAGCGGCUUUGAGAAAUUCAAACAGUUUUGCUAUGCUAUCGAGUGCGAGUGUCCACAGCUCAUUGAGGAUUUAAUAAACGAUCGUCUAAAAAGUGAUGCAGCCAACAGCGAGGAAAGCCCCAGUGAGGAGAAAAUUCAAAAGGAAAUCGAAACGAUCGAUUACAUUGACAAAGAGAAGGAAAACGAUCGCAACCGUCGCGCUGUUAGCUAUGGCGGUGGUGACGGUGUCUCGCCACCGCAUUGCGCCACCAUACCGCGUGCGGCACCGCGUCGUGUGGCACUGAUGAAGGAGCCACCGCCACCGCCGCCUCCGAAGCCACAGCUGACAUCGAAGGCAUCGCUGCAGUCGACGGACUCGUCGCAUGCAUCCAGCAUCAUUGCCAGCAAAUAUCCGCAGUCGGAGUACAAUCUCAUCCAGAAGAUCGACUCGAACAGCACGCUGACUGCCCCGGCACAGUAUCAGCCACAGAAUUUCUAUGCCAACACCGGCACCAUUUCCUCCACAAACGGUGGCUACUCAUCGCUGCUGUGUCAUGCCAGCUCCACGGCCAGUCCGUUGGCUGUGCGCAAGCGGGACAAGCUGUUGCAUCGGUUCAGCGAUGCUGCCACAUUGGGGCGCAAGCUCAAGAAGAAGAAGAAUACGAAUCGCACCUGCCGCUCCAUGACUGAGGCCAUAGAGAUGCUCGCCGAUCCGGUCAUCGAGGAUGAGUUUUUUGGCGAUCGCACCACAUGGGAGUAUCACACAGUUUCGGUGACUCGAGUGCCCGGCUAUGGGUUUGGCAUUGCCGUUUCCGGUGGACGUGAUAAUCCCCACUUUGCCAACGGGGAUCCCUCGAUUGCAGUCAGCGAUGUGCUCAAAGGUGGACCGGCCGAGGAUCGUUUGCAAGUAAACGAUCGCAUCAUUUCGGUGAAUGGCGUCUCGCUGGAGAACGUGGAAUAUGCGACCGCCGUGCAAGUGUUGCGUGAUAGCGGCAAUACGGUCACACUGGUGGUUAAACGCCGCGUGCCGUUGAACGCGGCCACAGCAAUUCCCGCACAGCAUCAGCACUCGCACAGCAUGAGUUCCAUGGGCUUGGGACUGACGAAUGGCAACGGCAACGGCAACGUCAACGUCGUCAAUGGCAAUGGCUUGGUCAGCAGCCAGGCGCCCAGCGCAGUCAUGUCCAGCAUGAGUCAACCGAAUUCACUAAACUCGUCGCUGGUGCAGAGCACUGGGGGAGGCGUGGCAGGUGGCCAGCCGAUUAAGGUGACGCUGACCAAGGGCAGCAAGAAGGACGACUAUGGCAUUGUACUCGGCUGUCGCCUGUUCGUUAAGGAAAUCUCGACGAAGGCACGGGAACAGCUGACAGCCAACGGAUAUUCGUUGCAGGAGGGCGAUGUGAUUACACGCAUACACAACACGAACUGCGGGGAUACGAUGAGCCUCAAGGAGGCCAAGAAGAUCAUCGAUGGCUGCAAGGAGCGUCUCGGUAUGGUCGUCCUGCGGGACAUCACCAACCAGUCGACGGUCAGCCAGUUGAACAACUCGGGACAUCAGCAAGCCAUGAGCAAUGCCAAUCUGUAUGCCACACAUCAGGCGCAGGUUUCCAGUUGCAGCAACAAUCUGGAUGAGGCCUAUGUGCCCGGAGGUGCCAGCCACUCCUCACAGAAUCUUUACGUGCAGCCGCCCACACGCACCUCGAAUGGACCGAGCGUUAAUGGCAAUGGGCUGAAUGAGGAGAAGAGCAAUCUCACGCCACGCGGACGUUCGCGUGGUCCGCUGAUGGAUGGCGUUUCGCUGCAACAGCUGGACAGACCGGUGACGCCUACAAAUGGAGGGCGUGGACGUGUGGAUGAGCCCCCAAGGCCACCGCCACCGCGUGCCGCCCAAGAGGAUUUCUACAGCUCGCGGCGACAGUUGUACGAGGAGCGUCAGAGUGCGGAGCCGCGCUUCAUCUCAUUCCAGAAGGAGGGCAGCGUGGGCAUUCGCCUGACUGGCGGCAAUGAGGCGGGCAUCUUUGUGACCGCGGUGCAACCGGGAUCGCCAGCAUCGCUGCAAGGUCUGAUGCCGGGCGACAAGAUACUCAAGGUGAACGAUAUGGAUAUGCAUGGCGUGACCAGGGAGGAGGCGGUGCUGUUUUUGCUUAGUCUGCAGGAUCGUAUCGAUCUCAUUGUGCAGUACUGCAAGGAAGAGUACGACGAGGUGGUGACCAAUCAGCGUGGCGACUCCUUCCACAUCAAGACACACUUCCACUGCGACAAUCCGUCAAAGGGUGAGAUGGCCUUCAAGGCAGGCGACGUCUUCCGUGUCAUCGAUACGCUGCACAACGGCGUCGUUGGGUCGUGGCAGGUGCUAAAGAUUGGACGCGGCCACCAGGAGAUGCAGCGCGGUGUCAUUCCAAACAAGUCGCGGGCCGAGGAGCUGGCCACAGCUCAGUUCAAUGCCACCAAAAAAGAAAUGAAUGCCAAUGAAUCUCGCGGCAAUUUCUUCAGACGUCGUCGCUCCACGCAUCGUCGCUCCAAGAGCCUGUCGCGUGAGAACUGGGACGAUGUCGUCUUCUCGGACAGCAUCUCCAAGUUUCCCGCUUACGAGCGCGUGGUUCUACGUCACCCUGGCUUCGUGCGACCCCUCGUCCUCUUUGGCCCCGUCUCGGAUCUAGCUAGGGAGAAACUCGCCAAAGACUAUCCCGACAAGUUCUGCACCCCGCUGCAGGACGACGACAAGACCAGCACAGCCAACAGCAGCAACAGCGCCAAUGCGACGAACGGUAGCAACAACAACAAGUGUCGCAUUGUUCGACUAUCGCACAUACGCGAUAUCAUGGAUCGGGGCAAGCACGCGCUGUUGGACAUCACACCCAAUGCCGUGGAUCGCUUGAACUAUGCACAAUUCUAUCCCAUUGUCAUAUUCCUGAAGACGGACAGCAAGCACGUGAUCAAACAGCUGCGCCACGGUCUCCCGAAGGCAGCGCACAAGAGCUCCAAGAAACUGCUGGAGCAGUGCCAGAAACUGGAGCGUGUCUGGUCGCACAUCUUCAGCACACAGAUUGUGCUCAACGACGAGGAGUCCUGGUAUCGCAAACUGCGCGACUCGAUCGAUUUGCAGCAAAGCGGCGCUGUCUGGAUGUCCGAGUCCAAGCCGGUCGAAUCCCUCUCCGAUGAUUUCCUUUUCCCCAUGACCACAUCCCGAUUAUCGUAUGCAUCAAGUCCCGAGUCAGACUUGGAGCUAAGUCCCGGGCCAUCCGCAUCAUUGUCGCUUGGCAAUUUGCCGCAAUUGGUUAAAGCGAGCUCAGAUCCAUCGAUUGCCACUAACCAGGAUAACUUGGAUAGGGAUAGAGACAUAAUUGGUGAAGGACUACCACCUCCAUAUACGGUACCCUACGAUCAUGCUGUCCAACCGCCGCCAAAUCGACGACAGACCCUCGACUCCAGCAAGUACAGCAUCUACGGCACCAAUGUGCCCCAACAGCAACAGCAACAACAGCAACAACAACAGCAGCAGGCUCAUCCAGCCAUCGAUCCCUCAACUGGCGCCCCACGGCCACAGUCCCUCUACGGCAUCAAUGCCCCGGACCUGCCACCUCGCAUCGAUCGUCAGUCGAAGCCAGGCGAUAUGCCGCUCAAUACCUCAGGCACUUCAUCGCGCAACGGCAGUUCGGGCGGAACCUUGGGUCGCAGUGCUCAGGAGCGACUCUUUGGCAAGGCUGUCCUACAGGAUGAUGUCCAGGCCGAGUAUGUGACCCGCAACACGUUAGUCGGUGCCGGUGGCGACACCAUUGAGCGACAGCAGCAGCAACAGGCCUCCCUCGAUCGACAGGCUCGCAUGAACGCAGCCAUGGGCAGCCCGGCGCAGCACAAGACGAACGGCAACGGAGCUGCCGCCUCCACCUACGACAGUGUCUCCAGCUACGACUCGUACAACAACUCACAGCUGGCCAUGCAGAACCUGGGCCGACUGGGACCCAACGCCCCCGAUGAUCUCAAAUCAGUGCCAAAUGCAAGUGGUCGCCCUCUGCCUCCCGUGGGACAGUCUAUGGACUAUGGUCGAUCCGCUCCGCACGAUCAUCGCGCCUUCGCGGCAGCCAAUGAUCUGAACCGCCAAAGCAGCCCCGGCAGACCGCUCUACCAUGACAUGAAUGCGUCCCGUAACAUAGAUCCACGCAACGGCACGCCACAACGUCCCUCGAAUUUGGGACUAGAUAGCAGUCCACGCAAACCAUUGGUGGAAACGAAAACCGAUUAUGGCAAAUAUAGUCGCAACAAUUCCGUUUCACAAGCGGACUACAGCAAGCUGCCGAAGAGUGUGCCCAAUGUGAAUAAUGGAAACCAAGUGCCCAUGAAUGGCAGCGGCACGCCCAGCAGCAAUGGCAGCGGUCCCUUCAAGCCGGUGCCGCCGCCCAAGCCCAAGAACUAUCGUCCGCCGGUGCAAAGCGGCGGCAGCAGUGGCAGCGGUGGCACCACCCCAUGGGAAAAUGGGGACUCGGGCUCGCCGCGUUCACCCAAUGGCUUCUACUAUCCGCCUACGCCUUCGCACCAUCAUUAUGGUCAACAGUCGUCAGCGCCCGGCUCGCCACUUCAGGGGCAGGCCAAUGGCCACAUGCAACAACAGCAGCAGCCCACUUAUGGCGCCAGCAAUGGCAACUAUGGCCAGGCACCGCCACAGCAGCAACAACAGCAGCAGCAGCAACAGUAUCCAGCUGCCAAUGGCUACAACGGCAACAGUCAUCACUACAAUGGAGGUAGUGGCACAGGACCCUACAUAGCACCACAUCGGGGCAUGCCACCGGCAAUAGGUAAUCUGCCACCGCAUACUCCAGAGCGACAUGCCCUCGAUUUGGCUGGCAGUCGGGAGCAACGUGGCUCCGCCUUUGAGUUGUAUCGCAAGCCGCAGAUCGGCGCCGCCGUGGGGCACCAUCACAACAUGAGCGAAAUGGAGCCAUACGAUGAGCGUUACGACGAUUAUUAUGCCAUGCCACCACCAGCUGCUCCUCCACCAGGUCAUCAUCCCUAUUCACAUCCGCAUCCGCAUCCACAGCAAAUGCAGCGCUCCCGCUCCGCGCCUCGCUAUCCCAAUGAGCGGCCACCACAUGUCCAAGAUCCCAACUACUACAAUCACUAUGCCACCAAUAGUCGAGGCUAUCGAGGCGCCCACGUGCCGCCCCAUGAACAGUAUUACGAUGAGCACGGCCGGGAGAUGGCGUUGCCGCCGCCUCUGCCGCCGCACAAGAAGAAGAAGUCGGUGCUGAAGAGUCCGCUGACAGCGCUCAAGAAUGCGCUGAUCAAGACAACGCGUCCGCUGCGACGCAUGAACAGCAUGGUGGAGCCGGAACGAAAGCCGAAAGGACUGCGACGCCAGCAAUCGAUGCUGGAACGUGGCGUUCAGCGUCCCUAUUAUCCCGAUGAGUAUCCCACUUACCCGGCUGGCUUUGAGAAUCGUCCGCCACCACCGCCGCCCUCGGAUCCCUAUUACGGCAACUAUGCGCCGCAGCAGGAGAUGAUGAACAGCACGUAUCAGAAUCUCGAGAGCGAGGACAUCUAUGGCAACAUUGGUGGCACAGUGGGGCGCAUGCCACAACCCCCAGCAGACAACGGAUAUGCUGGCUACGAAUACGAUCUGUAUGCGAAUCGUGCCUGCAUCGAUCUGGAGCGUCGUCAGGCGGAAGCAGCAGCAUCUGCUGCAGCUGGAGGAGCACGCAAUGGACGACGAAUAGUGCGACGUCAUAGCACCACAACAGCCGAUCGCAAUGGAGCAGGUGGCCGACGUCCCAUGCCACAUGGCUACGGACCACAGCAGCAGCAACAGCAGCACCAGCAGCAGGACAUUUACCAAACACGCCAGGGCGCAUAUAUGCUGCCCGAGCAGCGACGUGCGCCGAGCUCGGAGGUGAUGACACGUCGUCGCUUCUACCCAGGCGCAGCGAACGAGCAGGGCGAGGAGCUGACAGAACCAGUUUAUCAGUCGCGUCGUGAGAUGCAACGCGAGAUGCAACGCAAUCAUCUGUAUCAAUCGAAACGCGAGAUGCAGGAGCGCAUCAUUCAGGGCAAGCGGGACAUGGAACGCGAACUGAGCGCCCAGAGCAGCAGUCAAUCGGAGCGCAGUGACGAUCGCUCCGAACGCUCCAAUUCCAACUCGAACUCCAACUCCGAUUCCAAUUACCAGACGCGACGCGAGGCAACGCGCACUCAGCUGCGCGAUCAAAUCUAUCAGACGCGUCGCGAGGCGUUGGACAGCAUGGCGGAGCCGAUCUAUGUGUCCAAGCGGGACAUGGGAAGACCGGCGCCCAUCUAUGAGACGCGCGAGGAGAGCAUACUGCAAUCGCGCGAGAACGAAACGGACGAGAAGAAGGAGAAAGAGUGCAUGACCGAGCAGGUCCAGGUAGAGAUCAACACACAGCCCGAGGAGUUGCACGACAGCACGCUGAGUCGCUCGGAUUUGCAGAAGUCCUCGGACACGGUCAUUGAGAAUACGGUCAGUGCUGCGGCAGCAACCGCUGGCCAAGCACCGCUGGUGCAAAGUGAAAUCGAGGACUUGGACCAGGAGGAGCAAAAUGCUACUGAGAGUUCCGCUGAUGUUACAGAGCAGCCAACGGCCAUUGAGAACCACAACAACAGGCACAACGAGGCCAUGUUGGCCAGCGAGACGGCACAAAAUGUGUCGGACGAUGUGUUCGAGGCCAACGAUGUGGUCACUCCGCUCUCGCCACGCGCCAAUCGUGCACCAUUCCACAUCUCCAACAUCCUGAAGCGCACAGCGCCACCUCCGAGUUCCCCGAUGGGCGACAGCAGCACCUCGAUUGAGACGCAGUACACCUCGCAGGCCAGUCUCCCAGUUGGGCCACCCAAUGCCACCAGUACACCCUUCAGCAGCAACAUGUCGCUGCCCAUUGCGGGUCCAGUUCCCACUUCCGCUGCCUCCGCUGCAGGUCCAUUCCCCACUGUGCCUCGCGAGCCGAGCACGACGCGCGGCGUCUUUGACUCCAGCGGCGGCACGUUGGCCGACAAGCUGUGGCACGUAUCGCUGCAGAUACCGGCGGGCGCCAUUCCGGCCGGAGUCCGUCAGGAGAUUUACUUUACGGUCAGCGAUCCCCGCAUGGGACAAGCAGUUGGUGGACCGCCUCUGGACAUGGAAAAUGGUGAAACUAUGCUCUCGCCACUCGUGAUGUGUGGUCCACAGGGCCUUGAGUUUCUGGUGCCGGUGACACUCAAUAUACCGCAUUGUGCCGGACGCACCGCAUCGCUGGGCCUGGCACUGAAGGCCACCGACAGUGAGAAGAACCUGCACACCGAGUGGGACAACAUCGAUCUGCCCAGCAAUGCGGCUGCUCACACGGUAUCCGUCAAGGUGGAUCACUUCUAGGCAGUACUACAGUUACAUAGUUUUAUAUAGAACGUUAAUCAUUCUCACAUUCACACUCACAUA